GAACGUACCAAUGCCGGUGGUUUUGGGGUCCGCGCUCCGAACAGUGAGAUAUAGGUAAGCCUUUGAGAUCUUUUAAAGCAGUAAGAUACAGGCAGACAGCAAGGCGCAUACAGCACCAUGGCGGAUGAAUUCACUCCAAAGCGAGCCGAACUCCAAGACGCUCGUGCAUACGCCGAGUUGUCGUCCAAGUUCACCCAAGGCAUCGCCGAAAAAGCAAUUGAUCUAUUCUUUCCCAAAGCGGAAUCACUCGUCAUUCACGACAAUGGCUGCGGCACCGGAGAGGUAACGCGAGCCAUCCUCGCCCGGAGCAGCGUUCCCUCCCUCACCAUCAAAGCAAAUGACAACGACCCACUCUACGUCGAAGCCUAUGCCGCCGCCGCAAAGUCCAAUGGCUGGCCCGCUGAAACCUUCAACAUGUCGGCCGACGCGCUAGACUUUGAGGAUAAUACAUUCGAUAUUUCCUUCGCAAAUUUCGUUGUCUUUCUGAUCCCCGACGACGGUGUCCCGGCGCUGCGCGAAAUGCACAGGACGCUGAAGCCAGGCGGUACCGCAAUUUACACGGCAUGGCAACUUCUCCCUGUUUUCGAGCCGGUCCAAAAGGCUACUUUAGCCACUCGUGGCCCCAAUGGCCCACUUCUUAGAACACUGCCUCCGAUAUGGCAGUCUGGCGAGUUCCUCGCGGGGCUGGCCGCGAAGGCAGGAUUUGAGAAGGACAACGUGAGGCUUGAAACAUUAUCGAAUAAAGUCCCAAUUAAAGAUAUUCGCGAGUUUGCAGAGAACACCUGGAGUCGCCUGGGAAGGCCGCUGACAGGAUGGUUGCAAGGAGAUGAAGAAAGCUGGGAUGCGGCGGUCGACGCGUUCUUGGAGUUUUGUGAGGCUAGCGAUUCGUAUGAGAGGUUAGAGAAUGGGGAGUGGUUGAUAGAGGUUCGUGCUAAUGUUGUAUUUGCUACUAAAUAGCUGUAAAAAACCACAUGACUGGACAGUAGAUUACACAUGAUGGCAUGAGGAUGGUCGGCACUUAUGUUGUGCCAGUAGAUUAGCA